UUCUUCCAUCGACAGCCUCCCCGACACACAACGACAUGCUCGACCACGUGUCCAUCUUCAGCCAAAGCGGCACUGUCCUGUGGUCGCGCUCGAUGUGCAAGCUUCGCGGCAAUCCUGUUGACCAUUUGGUCAAGACUGUGCUAUUGGAAGAGCGUCUUGGACGCAAAGAGUUCAACUAUGAAUCGUACCAGAUGCGUUGGAGCUUGGAGAACAAGCUCCAGCUCGUGCUCGUCGUCGUGUAUCAAAAAGUUCUCCAGCUUUUGUAUGUGGAUGAGCUCCUCGAGCGUCUCAAGCGGGAAGUUGUGGCGCAUUUUGCCGAUGACAUUCGCACGCGUAAGGCAUUCGCCUCGUUCGACAAAACGUUCGACCGAAUCCUCCGCGAUGUCGAGUCGGGACACUUGAAAACGAAACGCCCUAUCACGGCUCAUGCUCCCGCCGUCGUCUCGUCCACCGAGAUUGACCUCACGCGCAGCGCGCAAGAUGACGGAAACGGUGACGGCGAGUUGGAGAAACUCAAGCAUGACCUCAAACUGGUCGGAAGCAGCGGGUCCAAGCAACCUCGAACUAUGCGCACCGGUCCACGCGCAGGAAAGAAGAAGGGGAGCAAGAAGGACGCAGAAGAAUCCACGCAACCCAAAGGAGGCAAGGCGCGAACAGUGUGGCACGACCCCCGAAAGACUGUUUCGUCCAAGGAAAUGGCCGAACUUGAUCGAUCGCGCUCGCUAAAUAGUGAGGAAGAAGAGGCUUCGCUGGCCCAACGCCGCAACGAGUUGAUUGGUGAGGGCGGCGUCGACGACGGCGACGAGUCGGACGAUGAGCAGAGCGACACGUCCAACGUGUCCGGGAGUGACUCGGACGCCGGGGCGACCGGUUGGAGCUUUGGCAAGACACGGUUUGGAGACUUUUUGCAGUCCAUUUCCGGCAACAAGAUUUUGGAUCGCGAGGACGUGGCCCCCAUCGUGGAGCAGUUCCGUCAGCAGUUGAUCAGCAAGAACGUCGCAACGGAGGUGGCGCAAGAGUUGUGCGAAUCCGUCAUCUCGACAAUGGUCGGCCAACGCCUCGAAAGCUUUACACGCAUUCAAACGGUGGUGCAAAAAGCACUAGAAGCCGCGCUGUUGCGCAUCCUGACGCCGAAGAAGUCGACGGAUGUGCUGCGCGAAGUCCUGGCAGCGCGCGACCAAGGCCGGUGCUUCAGCAUCGUCUUCGUGGGUGUCAACGGCGUUGGCAAGUCGACCAGUUUGUCGAAAGUGUGCUAUUACCUCAAAUCGCGAGGCGUCAAGAUUAUGAUUGCCGCGUGCGACACAUUUCGAUCGGGGGCCGUCGAGCAGCUGAACCAGCAUUGCAAGGUCUUGGAUGUGCCGCUGUUUGAGCGAGGAUACGCCAAGGACCCUGCGUCGGUGGCGAAGGAUGCGAUCGCGUACGGCAACGACAACGGGUUUGACUGCGUCUUAAUUGACACGGCCGGCCGCAUGCAAAACAACGAACCGCUCAUGCGUGCACUGGCAAAGCUCGUGUCCGUGAACAACCCUGAUCUUGUCCUCUUUGUGGGGGAAGCGCUUGUGGGCAACGACGGGAUCGACCAGCUCUCGCUCUUCGAUCGGGUUUGUUUGGUUCCUCGCGUUAUUAAGAUGGGCGAAGUGUUGACAUCCGAAUGCGCAGGCGCUGGUCGACUACUCGGACCGCCAAGUGCCGCGUCGUGUCGACGGCAUCGUCAUUACGAAAUUUGACACGAUCGAUGACAAAGUUGGCGCGGCCGUGUCCAUGGUAUACAAGACGGGGCAGCCCAUCAUGUUUGUCGGGACAGGGCAGAAGUACACGCACCUCGCCAAGCUCAACGUCAAGACUGUGCUGCGAAGUCUUCUCAACUAAGCGCGUGAAUGAACUCUAGUCGUGCAUCCGCCAUGCCAAUCCCCGCAUCGAUCGUUCCAUCCUUCAGAGCUUGGUGCCGCCCAACACAGUUGUUGCGCAUCCGGA